CAGAGCCUGGAACCCGCCGCCGUCUGGUUCUGGUUCCUCUCAGUCAUGCCAUGGAUAUUUUGUGGCAGUACCAGUUCCGAAUCAUUUUGCUGGGGGAUUCCACGGUGGGCAAAUCGUCGCUGCUGAAGCGUUUCACGGACGGAAACUACAGCGACGUGGCGGACCCCACGGUCGGCGUGGAUUUUUACGCCCGCUCGCUGGACGUCGAGCCCGGCGUGAAAAUCAAGCUUCAGCUGUGGGACACGGCCGGACAGGAGCGCUUCAGGUCCAUCACGACGUCUUAUUAUCGUAACUCAGUGGGUGGACUUCUGGUGUUUGACCUCACCAAACGCAAGACCUUUGACCACGUGAGGGAGUGGCACAAGGAAGUGAGCGAGCACAUCCUGCCGCACCACAUGGUCUACAUCCUCAUUGGCCACAAGAGCGACCUCAGCAAGGACCGCAAGGUGAGCCGGGACGAGGCGGAGCAGCUCGCCGCCGAGCUCGGCAUUCGCUAUGUGGAAACGUCCGCCAAGUGUAACAGCAAUGUGGAUCGGGCCUUCGAACUGCUGACCAGAGACAUCUAUGAGCUGAUGAAGAUGGGCGAGAUCGUGACCCGUGACGGCUGGGAUGGCGUGAAGAGCGGCCUCACCGCCAAAGUCCUUUACCUGGCUGAGGACGAAGGGGAGUCGACUGCUGCGGCCGCUGAGAAGAGCUGUCACUGCUGACUGAGCUAGGCUUCGUCCUCGUAUCCUGACCCAUCAAGAGCUCACCUCCACUCACAGCCUUCCACAGGUCACUCCGUGUCAGCACCCGUCCAUCACUCCUCACCUCCUGCUUUGGGAUUCCAUUCCGACUCGUGCAAGUACAUCUGGAAA